AUGGCACAAGACUUACCACCAGUCGGAGGCUACGACCCUAUCCAAUGGAAACGUAACUUACCUUCAAGAGGCAUCCGUCCUGCCUAUUUCCUCGCUGGGACAUUGCUGGUGAUGGGGUAUGGCUGGUACAGAGUUGUUCAGGGGAUCCAAGAAAGAAGAGAAUUGCACCGUGAGAAGAUCUGGGCUAGGAUCUAUAUGACCCCGUUGCUUGUGGCUGAGACGGACAGAGACAGCGUGAGACGGUUCUAUGCUGACAAGGAGCGUGAAGCUGAGAUUAUGAAGGAUGUUGAUGGUUGGGUGCCUAAGCAAAGUGUUUACAACGAUGGGAGAUUCCUAUUCAACUAUUAUGAACCAUUGAAUUUCCUUCUACGAGGAUUUGGUAAAGAAACUUGGGAAUACUCACCAGUCUAUGCUAUAAGAUCAUGGGCAUACCUACUUCCCUACUCAAUCCCACUAUUCCCAAUCACCAAAGCCAUUGAUACAUUCCAACUACAACCACAAAUUGCAUUUUAUUCAACAAGAUUACUUGUUGUUUCAUUCACAUUAUAUUCAGAACUACACCUUUAUGGGACUUUGAAAAAUUCAAUAGAUUUCGACUUAUCUGGGCUCUACAUACUAUUUUCAGCUUUAUCACCAGGAAUGUCCCAUGCUUCAGUGGCUUUAUUACCUUCAAGCUUUGCCAUGAAUUGUACAUGUCUCGCCAUGAGUAAUUUGAUUAAAUAUUUCCACAAAAGGGCAAUGAAGAAUGCAUUACUCGUGACUUUUUGGUUUGCAAUUGGUGGGUUAUUUGGUUGGCCAUUUGUUUUGAUCCUUGCAGUUUUACCAACUCUUGUUGUGAUCAAGCAGAAUAUUCACAUUUUCAAAUUGUUUAAAAGAUUUGUUGGGUGGUCAAUCUUUAUCGUUUUAGUAUUGAUUGGUAUUUGUGUGGAAAUUGAUUCACAAUUCUAUCAGAAGACCGUUUUGGUUCCAUUAAACAUCGUUUUAUAUAAUGUUGUGUUUGCUGAUGAAAAUGCAGGUCCAAAUAUCUUUGGUGUGGAACCAUUAUCUUAUUAUAUUAUCAAUUUAUUGUUGAAUUUCCAUCUUUUGGCUAUAUUGGGUUAUAUUGGUGUUGCUUUAGUUCCAUUAUUAAGCUCAAUCAUUUCAAUUUCCAAAAACAAUAAGUUAUCAUCAUUGGAAACAUUGACUAUUUUAUCUCCAAUAGUAGUUUGGAGUGGGAUUUUCUUCAGUCAACCACAUAAAGAGGAAAGAUUUUUGUAUCCAAUAUAUUCAAUAAUCAUAUUAUCUGCAAGUUUUACAACUAGAUAUAUUUUGGAAUCAAUUUCAGUUGCUGUGAAUAAAUUCAUUAAAAAACCAGCAAAACUUGGAAAUUUGUUUUACUUGAUUGGAUUAUUUUCAAUCCUCGCAAACGUUAAAAUCAUUUCAAUCCUUAGAAUCAAUUCAUUAUCAAGUAAUUACAUUGCACCAUUGAAUGUUUAUAAUCAUAUCCCUGCAAAUGCUAGUGGUAAUUUAUGUGUUGGUAGAGAAUGGUACAGGUAUCCAAGUUCAUUCUUCUUACCAAAAGACUUGAGACUACGUUUUAUUAAAUCAAAUUUUGAUGGUUUAUUACCAGGUGAUUUUAAUGAAACUUUAUCCACUUUAGAUUCAAUAAGUUCAAUCCCACCAAAUAUGAAUAAUUUAAAUAAAUUUGAUCCAUCAAAAUUAUUUGAAUUUGAUCAAUGUGAUUAUGCUAUUGAUAUUAAUCAACCAAUUGAUCAAGAAACAAAUGAAAUCGGGUUCAUUGAUGAACAAAAUAAUGUUAGAAAGGGUUGGGAAUUGAUUCAUUCUGAACAAUUUUUAAAUAAUCCAGAAAGCGUAGGUCCUGCAAGAAUCUUGAAAUUUCCAAAACCUUUCCCACAAAUCCCUGGUUCUGAAUUGGUUUAUCAUCAAUACAACUUGUAUAAAAAAAAAUAA